AUGAGUCGAAACGCAGAUAACCUGUCACCGAAUUGUACGCAAGCCGGAGACAUCAUCACAUGGUGUGAUGAGCUCAACCAACUCCGGGGCAAUGUAUCUCAACUUCAAGCCACAUUGAAUCAAAUAUUGAACAAGGCACCAUCGAUAUCUGAAUAUCGAGAGGCGGUUCAAAAGUUUGAUGAAGAUGUGGCCAAGUUGGGGUUACCGUCUCCGGUAUCAUCUAGUAACAACAAUAAUAAUCUCUCACAGUUUAAGACCUCCAGUAACUCUACUAGUCCUGCUACUAACCCUGCGGUGCUUGAGCGCACAAGGUCGAUCUUGAAUUCAUCCCAAUUGAAAAUAGCUGUUAGAUUGAAAUACUUAUAUUCUCGUGGAUAUUUACCCUUGUUAUUGGCGUUAGCUAAUAUCAAUUUUCGAAGUUUGAAACAAGAUCGAUUUGUGGGUUACUUUUUAAAUUAUAUACCGCCUCGUGUGGUUAAGAGAGAUAUACCUGAUGCACUAAGGAAAGUCAUCAUAUCUGAAAAUAAACUUGGUCAGAAUGAUGGGGGUAUUUCUCUGUCACCAGAAGAUGAAAACUACCCUCCUUUAAUCCCAUUGAUUUCUGAUAAGACAAUCUUAGAUAGAGUAUUGAUUGAUAAAUCUUAUGUGGAACCACAAGCGUAUCUUGAGCUGAUAUUAAGUCAGUUGCAAUCAGGAACGGCUGCAAAUGGUCCUGAAUGGUCUCGCCCAACAAAUAAUCUGAAAUUGGCACUUUUGGGUCAACUGAUCUUGGAAACUUGCUUGUACGAAAUUAUAGACCAUCAAUACCCUUCAUAUGAUGAAACAGAUGUUGAAAAUUUAGUACGUUAUCAUCUAACCAGUCCUCUUAUGGUUCUGAAGUUUGUUAUAGGGUAUAAUCUCGCUAGUCAUCUUAAUUAUCUGAUGUCACGUCUGGAUACUGUUGAUGAUAAGCUUCGAGUGUUUCAUAGAUUAUUCUGUGCCUAUAUUGGAGGUCUUAGGAAAGAUGGUUACACUUAUAAGGAUCUUUUAGUUUGGUUACGAAGGCUCUAUUUACCCUUGGUAGCUUCUACUGGCUACUCCCCCAUGAACCAUGCAAAGGCUGAUUUGGAGUUUCUAUUCAAGCAAGCAAAUAACAUAUAUGCCGGGCCCAUCGGUGGAGUGGUCAGCAUAACCUAUGAUAUAGAAGAAAGGGGUGAGCUUGGGGUUCUCGAGGCCACAGUUAAAGUUGAUGGGGAAAGCAUAGGUGUGGGUACACACUCAAGUGAUCCUGAACAAGCAAAGGAAAGAGCUGCUGCAUAUGCAUUGGGAGAGAACAGAGAUUUGGUGAUUCUGAAGGUUGCUCUCAUGUUGCAAAGAGGAGCCCAAUUACAGAAGGAUCAAAGCAACGACCAAAAUGCUAUUACCACUACUAAUGACACUACUACUGCUGCUGCUACUGCCACUGCUACUAUAGAAUCAGAGCAAUUACAAUCGGAAAUUAAUAGCGUUGAAUCUAAUGAUGAAGAUGAAGACUAUUCACCAAUAAUGAGUCCUAAUGGAAGCAUGACUUCAUUGAAAGGUGACGAUAAUGUUGAGAUCAAUGGUGAAGAGGAAGACGAUGACUAUGAUCCAGAAGCAGGAUUAACUGAGCCUAGUUCAUUGAAUAACGAACAGGAUGAUAGUACAAAAGAGGAGCCAAGACCAACUCAACCCCAAACUGAAGCAAGAGACUCAGGGAUAAGCCCUCUUCCAUAUGGAAUGGUCACGGGAUUUGGUGCUCCUCAAAGUGAAGGUUCAAAUGGAAUUUCACCGCUUCAAAACACUUUCGAGUCGUUAUUAGCAUCUCAUCAACUUCAGCCUCGUUAUGUGACUAACCAACUGAAGAAAGGACACAGAGCCUCUGUAUUUGUUGGAGACGUUGAAAUGGGCCAAGGUCGAGGGAAGAGUAAAGAGGAAGCAAUUGAUAUGGCCUUGAGUAAUUCCUUAAGAAAUGGAACUGCCUGGCGUCACCUAGGCUUUUAA